AAAACUACCGAGUCAACUAUUUCUUUUUUAAUCACACUACGAGUGACCUGCAGAUCUCGAUAUCAAAAGAAUAGUGCAUAACAUCAGCAGGCCAUUAAUGAAAAAGAUCAAAGCGGUACACUGAAGUUUAAGAAUUUCGACUGACAGGUAGAAGCGGUUACAUCGGAAUGUAAUGAAGAACUGUGUAUUCGAAAUAUUAGGAGACUUAUGAAUUUCUUUCGCCAGUUAGGGUCAUUGGAUUAACAGGAUGUUUUAACUUUUAUAAAUUAUAAGGACACGUUUAGAAAAAUUGAACGAGACAUUACCUAUUUGUGCUCAAAUGUGGAAAAAAAAGUAACCAAAAUGAGCGUUAGGACAACAAAAACUUCAUCAAAGUGUGUCUUAAAACUAUUCCUUAUCUUAACGUUUGUUGUGUUUGUACCUAUAAUGUUACCGUCGCUAAGGAAAGGAAACACUCGAAUCGUGGAUAAGAGAUCAACCAUGCAAGAUGUUAUGAAAGAUAUUAAGCUGGAACUAAAGAUGCCUUGGUUUGUGCCAAUUAAAACGAAAGAAAUGCAGAAUAAAGUGUUUUCUAUUGCAAAGUUUCCAUUUCUUAAUUUCACUUCUUUUAGUUUGGAACCAAAGACAGAUUGCACAAACUUGCAGCUGAUAGCAUUAAUCCAUUCUUCACCCUAUCACUUUGAACGACGUGAAACGAUACGGCGAACAUGGACAAACCAAUCUUACUUUUCAGUGUUUGGGCCUGUUAAAAGAAUUUUUCCUUUCGGGACAUUCGAUAACGAUCAAUUGCAAAGAGCUAUUUCAGCUGAACAUCAUAUUUAUGGUGAUAUAUUGCAAGGCAAUUUCAUAGAUAAUUACUACAAUUUAUCAUUUAAUACUAUGACUGGAUUAAAAUGGAUUAUAAACAGAUGUGAUAAUGUUCAAACUGUGAUGAAAGUUGAUGAUGAUGUUGUUAUUGAUAUGUUUAGAUUUCUCAACAAUACAGUUUUAACUUUAGUUCACAAAUCAAGACAAGUUUUCUGCCGUUACAACAGAGGUAAAAUCUUUCGAAACUCUAAGUCCAAAUGGUAUUUACCUGACAGCUUAUUUGCAGGAGAAACAAAAUACCCUAGUUACUGUGAAGGUAAACUUGUUUUAAUGACGUUUGAUAUCAUAUCGUCUUUGUAUAGUGUUGCGUUGAAUACGCCAUAUUUUUUCAUAGAAGACGUGUUCAUGUAUGGUUUAGUAAUGAACAAAAUAGAAGGAGUAUCAUUUUUACAAUUAAAAUUGGGUUCUGAUAUGAUGCUUAAUGGUUCUGCGGCAAGGACAUGUCUUAUGAAGAAGAAACAUAAUUGCAGCGUUUACGUAGCAGGUGUGUCGUCCGAUGAAGAAAUGGAAGAAUUGUGGUUUCUCUUUAGACAAAAAUUCAUGUCAAAUCACCUCUUCAGUUAAGCCUUUUUUUAUGUAAGCAUGUUCAAAAUUAUACUGAAAUUCAAUUCUAAACACUUUCAAAUACAUUAAAAAGAACAUUUGAAUAUCUGUAACGUUGGAAUUUAGUUUUAGAAUAUUAUUGACAGGUAUAUUUUUUGUGAAUUGUGAUUAAAGUACUGUCAGUUCAUUUACAAUAACUCGUUUUAAGAAUUUCGCAUGGGUUUUGAAAACUUUUCUGAAACAUUUCUUUACAAAUCAAGAAUAGUUAUGCUCCGUUUCAUUAACGAUUGUUUGUGUGAUCGUGCAAUCAAAUGAUAUCUAAACGGGAAACAAGAAUCCAGAAUCGUUCAGUCUAUAAAAAGCUUGUUGGGAGUUCCCAAAAAGUGGAUUGUUCACCAAAAAUAACAAUCACCAAUGCCGCAGUCUAUUCUUUAACAAUAUAUUUUUCUUUAGAAUGAUUAAAAUGUAAUGUGCUCAUGUAAAUAACUGUUUGAUGCUAUGUGUCUGUCAGAUUUGUUCAGUCUUAAAUAUUCACUGAGAAUUGAUUAUUUAUUAACUGAAAAAAUAUCCUUGAUUCCUAUCUCGAAGGUCAAGGUCACACUUACAGGUCAGAGGUCAAGUCAGUCAGAUAUUAGCCUUAUUGUAAAUGUGACAUGCAUAAAGCACUUUUUUAGCAGAAAUAAUUGUACAACGAGAUUAAGUUCAAAGGGUCAGGGUCUUCCUGGCGGAAUUCCUUCCAGUGACUCCGAGACGAAUAAAUAAUUUCCUAUACACAUUUAAAUGGGCCUUCGAGUAACUUCGAUUACAUAUUUCAGAUUACUCGGAGCAGGGUGAUUAUAUUUUACAUAGUGAUACGCGAAAUAACACAGUAUUUGUAAAUAAAAAUAAUACUGUAGUAUUUUCAUCUUACUUUAAAAUUAACCAAAUGUUCCUGUUCACAAUGGAUACGGCAGUAGCUUUUUUUUGAUCUUAUUUAUAAUUCCUUCCAAAUGAAUAAAAGAAAUACCAUAAAAUUCAUAAUGGCAAAUAAUCAUUUCUCUUAUAAUUUUCAUUAAUUCUUAAAGGCCAC